AUGGCUUCAAUCUAUAUGCCCAUUAUGAUUCUACUACUGGCAUUAGUUGCUGUUCAAACAACUAGCACAAUGAUCGUAUCAUCAAUUGAUUCAGUUGAGGAGAUUGAUGAUGAUAUCACUAGCGGCAAGCACAUUCGUUUACGUCGAUCUGGUCCGUAUCUUACUUGGUGUUUACAAGCAUGCCAAGAAGGUCCAAAAUAUAUGGAAAAUUUCUGUCGAAGUUUACCUUCUGUCACACCGCUCUUGAAAAGAAUCCGUAGUCUAUGUUGGUCUGUCACUUAUUAUGCUGGUAAACCAAACGUUGUUAAUUAUUGUAAGGGAUUUUGUAAUAACAAUUUUUGAAACAAUUUAGAAGUGGAUAAACAACAGGUUCCUAUUAUCUAAUUCUCAAUUAAUUCAUAAUGUUUUAUUUCUUUUUUCGAAUAACUUUGUGUAUCUUUUACUUUCUUUUAUUAAUAAAGAAAAAGUGGAUUCAGAGUAUGCAAAUGAGAAGGAUGCAUAUUAGAACUGGGGAUAUUAUAAGUCCCAUGUUUUGGAAAUGUUAUCAAUCUUCAUAAAGCAAAUGGAUAAAAUUCGGAUUUUGUGUUUUGGGGUGUGGGUGUGGGUGAGCGUACAUCAAUUGAAAACAGACCGACCAGUGCCUUGAGGAAAGCACAAGUUCAAUCUGCUGGUCUCAACUUUUGUUUUUCAGCAGUCGACUAAGUCGAAAAUUUGAUUGAAUAUUAAGCAAAUGUGCUUUGAUUAAAAUAAUUGAAAAGAAAUGCAAAGUUGAUUUUACUGACGCGUUUCGUGUUAUUUUAUUUAAAAAUUGAAACACUCAUCAGGGUUCUGUAAUACAAUAUUAAGCACAAUCAAAUAUUGAAAUAAAUAAAACAAAGAAGGAAUACAAGCUAGUAUAGGAACUAUUUAAAUGUGCAAAUAUAACAGAGGACAACCUCAAAACACAGAUAUUUCUAUUUAGAAGGUAAUAAAGUAAGUUGAUCAAUACAUUUUGCUUGAUGAAGUUAUUUAAUGAGUCAAUUUUAGGGUAAUUGCGAUCUUAUUUUAUACGAAAUUGCGUGUACAUUGUAAUUUUGACCUGAUAAAAAUCAAAUAUAAUCUACCCCUCCCCCAUUUAUAGAUUACAUUUUCCUCUUGGUUUCAUUCUAGCGGAAAUUUGUUUUCCUCUUUCCGACGAAAAUGUAUUUCCAUUCUGCAU